CUUCAUUGAUAGAAACGAUAGAACCCGAUAGAACCAUUUCGAUUCAAUUCAGAAGUCUCAGUUUCGUUCCAUUUAACAGCAGUGCCAGUUGUGGUUGCAAUAAGUUAAUUGUGCGUCUCAUCCACGGCCUGCAAAAGUGCAAAUGUAACAAAUCGGAAUGCUGUGAUAUUACAUGACCUGCUUUCAGUACGCGUUGCAUAUCAGUCGUCUUCGUCUAUGAAGAUUUCUUCAACACAUUAUCAAAAACAUCCGCUGUACCAUUGUUGUUAUCGUUUGUAGGCCGUAACCGGAAGCAAACUUUGCAGAAAAAAAUCAACCAUGUGUUCGUCAUGCACAGACUUUCAGAAAAAAAUGGUGUCAUUUGGAUGCUCAGCAUUCCUUAUUCUUUUCGCCAUUGUUUUAGGAAGCUUGUGGCCGACACUGUCAUCUAAUUUACUACAUGAGAAAUUGGUUAUCAAGAAUGGUUCAGUCAACUAUCAGAACUGGAUCAGAACACCAAUUCCAAUGUUCCUAGAAAUAUAUAUGUUCAAUUGGACAAACCCUGAAGAUCUACAUAAAUUUCCGGAAAUAAAACCUAAUUUCCAAGAAAUGGGACCUUACGUAUUUCACGAAGUACACGAAAGGGUGAACUUGAUUUGGAAUUCUAAUGACACAGUAACCUUCAACCAACGGCGUACAUGGCAUUUUGACCAGAAACUUUCGAACGGAACACUCGACGACAAAGUCACUAACCUCAACGUUAUUUCUCUGAAUGUUGCGUAUUUGCUGCGAAAUGCCGAUGCUGUGAAGAAAUUUGCUGCUAACAUAUUGGUGGAUUUGGAUGGUUCUCUACUAUGGCAUAGCAAAACAAUACGGGAGUUAUUGUUUGACGGGUUUGAUGAUACUUUGCUGGAUGUGUUAAAAACUCUUAAUGAUACCGUCAAAAUUCCUUUCGAUAAGUUUGGAUGGUUUGUGAACCGUAAUCUGAGCGAAAGCUACGAUGGAACAUUCACAAUGAAAACGGGGGCAGAUUCGUUGGAGAAUACUGGUUUGCUGACACUAUGGAACGGUGCAAGUAAUACUGGGAUGUAUCAAGGUCAAUGUGGUGAAGUUAGAGGGACUACUGGAGAAUUGUGGCCUGUUAUGCACAGCAAUAAAACUAACGUUACUAUCUUUGCUUCGGACGUGUGUCGUUCAUUGACGCUUCAGUAUGGAGAGGGUGUAAUUAUAGAUGAUGUCGAAGGUUCUAAAUAUGUUGGAGACGAUAAAGUAUUCGAUAAUGGUUUAAAGUAUGCAGAAGCCGCUUGUUGGUGUAAUUCUGAGCCUAAACAAUGUCCAGAUGUGAAACCAGGUGUAUUUAAUGCGUCUGCAUGUAAAUUCGACUCUCCCACAUUCGUUUCUUAUCCACACUUUUAUUUGGCUGAUACUAGUUACCGAGAAGCAAUCGAUGGCAUGAAGCCAAAUAGGAGCAAGCACGAGUUUUAUAUUGCUCUUGAGCCACAUACCGGGAUACCGUUGGAUGUGCGUGCACAGUUGCAAAUCAAUAUGCUUCUGCAACCAGUUCGGGGAUUUAGGCUCUAUGAAAAAGUCCCCAAAAUGAUGAUUCCAAUGUUAUGGUUUACUCAACGCGCGACUUUAACCACUGAGUUGGCAAAGCAGGCAAAGAUGGCACUCAUGCUUCCUCAGCUAGGUAUCUACAUAGCUAUUUUCUUCGGUACAACCGGAGUUUUACUCAGCGGGCUUUUUACUUACUUGUGCAUUCGAAAGUGGACUGGUCAAGUACCCUACGAAGAAUUAUUACGGUGAAACCCGAACGUUGCUCUUGAACACGAACCAGCUUGAUCUCGAUAUAAUAAGUUUAGGCAUACAUCUGGAGAGAUCUAAAAAGUGCCUUUAAUGCGAUAAUCACCAGUCAUAGUGGAAAAUGACGAUGCCAAAGUUAGCGUUGUGACGAAUUGAGAUUUUUAAAUCAACUAGACACGAAAUUCCAAUUUAUUUUAAAUUUUAUUAUAUAGUUUUUAAAACUCAACUUUCGAUUAUAACAAUCAUAAAUGAGCAAGACUCAGUAAGAUCGUUAUUGAUACUAGUGCCAAGCCAAGGUUUAGGGAGAUUACAGUUCAAAUAUAUUACACAUCAUCUAAUGAAUAAUAAAUGACGACAAAU